UAGAAACCGCAGCUGUGUGCUGUCGCCCAGCGUUUCUCUGGAGGGAAGCUGGGGAGGCUUUGGUGGCUUGGGAGACCAAUAAACUUUAACAUAACCGGAAUUGGGCAAAUCACAGAGUUGGACUGUCAGUUUGAGGCCCUGUUGGAUGGAAAGUGAAGCUUCCUUACUGUCAGAGAUUACUGCGAGACACCUUUGCUGAAUCUCUCAAAUCGUCUCAAAAUGACAGAAAUUGUAGAGGAAUAUGAAGAAUAUGAAGAAUAUGAGGAGGAGGAGGAGGAGGUUGUGGAAAGGAUUUCAACGACGACUGUCACUGAGCACAAGACUCAGUUCUUACAGUCUGGCUUGCCCACCAGGAAAGUAAGGAAGAAGGUCAAGGUGGAUACUUCCAAGUUCAUGACUCCAUACCUGGCCCAUAGCCAGAAGAUGCUGGAGCAGUUCAGCCACAAUAAGUAUCGCCAGGCUUAUGAAAUGUCCAAAGGGACACCUCCUGCCAUCGUUACUGAUACGCCUGAAAUGAUUCGUAUCAGGAAGGCCCAGGAGCAGCUUAGCGAGGUUAAAUACCGUAUGGAGGGAAACAAAGCUCGGACAACCAGCUUGUACGACGGUGAAGCAAGAGAGAUUGCCCACGUCAAGCAUGUAUCUGAGCUGAUCAGCAAGGUUCUGUACAGACAGAAGUGGGAUGAGACCAAGGACAGGUACCUGCUGCCUCCUGAUGCUCCUGAGCUGGUUCAGGCUGUGAAGAAUGCUGCUAACUACAGCAAAAAACUUUAUACCGAGGCCUGGGAUGAAGAUAAGACCAUGUACUACCCCUACAGUGACAGUCCUGAGCUCCGUAGGGUGGCCAAGGCUCAAGAGGUCCUUAGUGAUGUUCACUAUAAGAAGGGCCACCAUGAGCGCAAGGCUAAGUAUACUUCCUUGCCUGAUCCUCCUGAAUUGGAGCUGGCCAAGAGAGUGUCCCAACAGCGCAGUGAUCUUAAGUACAAGGAAGAUUACAAUAAAAAUGUGAAGGGUCAGUGGUGUGAGACUCCUUACUUCGACGUGGCGACUGCCAGGGUGGCAAUGGAGAACCUCAGCGACAGAAGAUACACGCAACAUUAUGAGGAUACAAAAGACCAAAUUUAUUUCAUGCAAACAGAAACACCCACUUAUGAUGCAAACAAGAAGGCUCGUAUUGCUGCUAGUGAGGUCCAAUACAAGAAGGAGUAUGAGAAGAAAAAAGCACAGUCUGACUACAACACGCUCCCCGCCACAGAGAAUCCUCUAUUGAGGCAGCUCAGAUAUGCUGGCACUAUCCUCAGUGAUAAAGUAUAUAAGGCUAGCUAUGAGAAAUCCAGGGGUUUCAGCAUCAACUACUGUGACACGCCCAAGUUUCAGAUGGACUCAGUACUUAAGCAGUUCUCUGAUGCACAUUACAAAAAUAAGUAUGAAAAUGAGGUGAAGGGCCACUACAUUGGAAGCUAUGAGGACCUUUAUAUGCUUCACUGCCAGAAAGUCGAGGAAAUGAAAAAUGAGCAACUAUAUAAAUCUGAUUAUGAAGACAUUAAAACUAGAUGCUUCUUUCCUCAAACAAUUACGCCUGAAUACGAAGCUGGGAAGAAACUUCAUCAAUGCAACGAUAAAGUUUACCGGCAACAUCCAGACACAGUGAAAUUUACACAAGUGGUGGAUUCACCAGUUCAAGUUCAAGCCGCCAUCAACGCCAAACAGCUAAGUGACUUAAACUACAAGGCAAAGUACGAGGAAAUAAAAAUGAAGAACAGUCUACCCCCAGACUACCCCUUCUUCAUUCAGUCCAGAGUUAACGCUUUUAACCUCAGUGAUAACUGCUAUAAGUAUGAUUGGGAGAAAACCAAAGCGAAAAAGUUUGAGAUCAAAGGGGAUACCAUCUCAAUCCUUGCUGCCCGUGCUCACACAAACGCCAUCAGUGAUGUUAAAUAUAAAAAGGAGUAUGAGAAGAACAAGGGAAAGAUGGUUGGAGCCCUCAGUAUUAACGACGAUCCGAAGAUGCUGCACUCUGUCCAUGUGGCCAAAAUCCAGAGUGAUCGUGAAUACAAAAAAGACUAUGAAAAAGUAAAGACCAAGUAUCAUACACCACUGGAUAUGUUGUCAGUCACCUUGGCUAAGAAAUCCCAGGCAAUUUCCAGCAUGGCUGGUUACAGGAGCAUCAGCACCAACUAUUUCCUUCCACCUGACAGCGUCCUGCUGGAUCUGGCCAAGAAAGCCAACGUUAUCCAGAGUGAUAAUGAGUAUAAGGCUGACUACAACAGCUACACCAAAGGUACUCCAUGGGUCCCAUAUGGCUCAUUGGAAGUGGAAAAGGCUAAGAAAGCUGCAGAGAUCCUCAAUGAGAAAAAAUACAGAACACACCCAGACAAGAUCCCAUUCACAUCUAUCGACGACCACCCCAUCAUGAUGCAGGCCAAAGUCAACCAGCUUCAGAGGAGCGAUCUGUUCUACAAGCGAGGUCUAGAGGAGAUCCAUCAGAAGUACUCUCUGCCCCCGGAUGUCCCAGAGUUCCUUCAGGCCAAGUGCAAUGCCUACAACAUCAGCAAGAAUUACUACAAGUUUGCUUGGCAGGAGCUGAUUGCUAAGGGUUAUGACCUGAAGCCUGAUGCCAUCCCUAUUGUUGCUGCCAAAGCUGCCAGACAUGCUGCCAGUGAUGUCCAGUACAAAAAGGCUUAUGAGAAGGCGAGAGGCCACCAUGUCGGCUUCCGCAGCCUCCAGGACGAUCCUCUGCUGGUUCACUACAUGGAGGUGGCCAGAAUGCAGAGUGACAAGAACUACAAGAAGGACUACCACAAGGCCAAGCUGAAGUAUCACACCCCAGUGGACAUGCUCAGUGUGGUUCAGGCUAAACAUGCUUCAGCAGUGCAGACCUACAUUGGCUACAAGCAGCACCACCAUAAAUACUUUCUUCUCCCUGAUGCUAUGGGUCUGCAACUUGCUCGCACCAUGAACUACAAUUCCAGCGAUCACAACUACAAGAUGGAUUAUGAGACCUCGGUCAAGGGUAUUGGCUGGGUUCCAAUUGGUUCUCUGGAGGUUGAAAAAGCCAAAACGGCAGCAGCAGCUCUGAAUGAGAAAAAGUACAGACAGCACCCUCAAACCAUCAAGUUCACCAGUGCUACUGACUCCAUGAGCAUGGAGCUGGCUAAGACCAAUGCUAAGAUCAUGAAUGUGAAAGAGUACAAAGCCAGCGGAGAGAAGUUCAUGCACACUUACAAUCUCCCUCCUGAUGCCCCCCAAUUUCUGCAAGCCAGAUACAAUGCUGCCAACAUCAGCCAGAAUUAUUACACUUAUUCUCACCGCCAAGAUCUGCUCAAAGGACAUCACAUGAAAGAGGAUUCCAUUCCCAUCGUAGCAGCCAAAACUUCAAGAAACAUUGCCAGCAAUUACAAGUAUAAGCUGGCCUAUGAGAAAGAAAAGGGCCACCACGUUGGCUUCCGCAGCCUCCAGGAUGAUCCUCUGCUGGUUCACUAUAUGCAAGUGGCAAAGAUGCAGAGUGACAAGAACUACAAGAAGGACUACCACAAGGCCAAGCUGAAGUAUCACACCCCAGUGGAUAUGCUCAGUGUGGCUCAUGCCAAGCAGGCUUCUGCUGUUCAGACAAUGGCUGGAUACAAGAAGAUCCCCCACAGCUUCUUGCUUCUUCCUGACAACAUGCACCUGCGGCUGUGUCGCAACAUGAUGGAGAUUCAGAGUGACAAUGUCUACAAGUCAGAUUACAACAGCUACUCUAAAGGUAUAGGAUGGGUCCCUAUUGGUUCUCUGGAUGUUGAAAAAGCCAAAACCGCUAAAGCUGCACUGGAUGAAAGAAAUUACCGCCAGCACCCCAGUAAUUUCAAAUAUACAAGCAAGACCGAUGCCAUGAACAUGACUCUGGCUAUGGCCAACACUAAACAGAUGGACAUCACUACAUACAAAGCUUCUGGAGAGAAGUUCAUGCACACCUACCAUCUGCCAUCUGACUGCCCCGAGUUUCUCCAGGCUAAGUUUAAUGCCCAGACUAUUAGCGAGAGUCAUUACAGGCACAAGUGGGUGGAAGACAUUGCCAAGGGAUAUGACAUGAAGCCUGAUGCUAUUCCCAUCCUGCAUGCCAAGCACGGCAGGCAUAUUGCCAGCAAUGUCCAGUACAAAAAGGCUUAUGAGAAGGCGAGAGGCCACCAUGUUGGCUUCCGCAGCCUCCAGGACGAUCCUCUGCUGGUUCACUACAUGGAGGUGGCCAGAAUGCAGAGUGACAAGAACUACAAGAAGGACUACCACAAGGCCAAGCUGAAGUAUCAUACCCCAGUGGACAUGCUCAGUGUGGCUCAUGCCAAGCAGGCUUCUGCUGUUCAGACAAUGGCUGGAUACAAGAAGAUCCCUCACAGCUACUUGCUUCUCCCUGACAACAUGCACCUGCGGCUGUGUCGAACCAUGAACCUCCAGUCAAGUGAUAAUGAUUACAAAUCUGACUGGAAUAACUUUGUCAAAGGCAUUGGAUGGGUCCCUAUUGGCUCGCUUGCUGUUGAAACUGCCAAGGUUGGCGGUCAGAUUCAGAGUGAAAAUAAGUACCGCACUCAUCCAUCAAAUUUCAAGUUUAGCAAACUGAUGGACUCCAUGGACUUGGCUUUGGCUAGUGCCAACAACCAGAUCAUGAACAAGAAAGCAUACACCGCAGCCUGGGAGAAGGACAAAGUGACCACCCAUGUCAUGCCAGACGCUCCUGAGAUUCUGCUGGCGAAGGCUAAUGCUCUGAACAUGAGCAAUAAACUUUACAAAGCUGGUGUUGUGGAGAUGGCUAAUAAAGGCUACAACCUCAAAGCAGAUGCUAUCCCCAUUCUGGCUGCCAAGGCUGGCACCACCAUUGCCAGCAACUACAAGUACAAAUUGGCUUAUGAGAAGGCGAGAGGCCACCAUGUUGGCUUCCGCAGCCUCCAGGAUGAUCCUCUGCUGGUUCACUACAUGCAAGUGGCAAAGAUGCAGAGUGACAAGAACUACAAGAAGGACUACCACAAGGCCAAGCUGAAGUAUCACACCCCAGUGGACAUGCUCAGUGUGGUCCAUGCCAAGCAGGCUUCUGCUGCUCAGACUAUGGCUGGAUACAGACACAUUCAGCACACUAAUGCUCUCCUGCCUGAUGCCAUAAACCUGGAACUUGCUCGUAACAUGCAGUUUAUUGCCAGUGAUAACCAGUACAAGAGUGAGUAUGAGCACUACAUCAAAGGAAUAGGAUGGGUCCCUAUUGGAUCACUUUCAGUUGAGACUGCUAAAGUUGGCGGUCAAAUUCUUAGUGAAAAGAAAUACCGCACUCAUCCAUCCAACCUCAAGUACAGCAAGCUGAUGGACUCCAUGGACUUGACUCUGGCUACUGCCAACAAUCAGAUCAUGAACAAGAAAGCAUACACUGCUGCAUGGGAAAAGGACAAACUGACUGUUCAUAUUAUGCCAGAUGCUCCUGAGAUUCUCCUUGCAAAGGCUAAUGCCCUCAAUAUGAGCAAUAAACUUUACAAAGCUGGUGUUGUGGAGAUGGCUAAUAAAGGCUACAACCUCAAAGCAGAUGCUAUCCCCAUUCUGGCUGCCAAGGCUGGCACCACCAUUGCCAGCAACUACAAGUACAAAUUGGCUUAUGAGAAGGCGAGAGGCCACCAUGUUGGCUUCCGCAGCCUCCAGGACGAUCCUCUGCUGGUUCACUACAUGGAGUUGGCAAAGAUGCAGAGUGACAAGAACUACAAGAAGGACUACCACAAGGCCAAGCUGAAGUAUCACUCCCCAGUGGACAUGCUCAGUGUGGUCCAUGCCAAGCAGGCUUCUGCUGCUCAGACUAUGGCUGGAUACAGACACAUUCAGCACACUAAUGCUCUCCUGCCUGAUGCCAUGAACCUGGAACUUGCUCGUAACAUGCAGUUUAUUGCCAGUGAUAACCAGUACAAGAGUGAGUAUGAGCACUACAUCAAAGGAAUAGGAUGGGUCCCUAUUGGAUCGCUGGAUGUUGAGAAAGUAAAAUCAGCAGGGAAGGCCCUCAAUGAGAAACUGUAUCGUCAGCCUCCUACCAACUUCAAAUUCACCAAAGAUAUGCACUCUAUGGACUUGACACUGGCCACUACCAACAACCAGAUUAUGGAUAAGCAAUCCUACAUCAAAGCCUGGGAAAAAGACAAGACUUCAGUCCAUGUCAUGCCUGAUGCAAUGGACAUUGUUCUGGCACGGGAAAACAGGAAGAACUACAGUGAGAAACUGUACAAGUUGGAUCAUGAACUAUCCAAGAAGAAGGGCCAUAAUCUUCGUAGCGAUGCCAUUGCCGUCCAAGCUGCUAAAGCUUCCACUACAAUUGCUAGUGAUUACAAGUACAAGACAGGAUACCGUAAGCAAGUGGGUCACCACAUCGGUGCUCGCAGCAUCCAGGAUGACCCUCUGCUCAUGCUGGCUCUAAAUUCAGCCAAGAUUGCCAGUGAUGCUCUGUACAAGAAGGACUUCAACAAGUCCAAGACCAAGUUCCACCUGCCAGUGGACAUGAUGGCCUUUGAACUGGCCAAGAAGAACCAGAUUCAAGUCAACCAUUUCAACUACAUCACCCGACUGCACAACUGGACAUGCCUGCCAGACUCCAAUGAUGUGGUCCAGGCCAGACAUGCGUAUAACAUACAAAGUGAUGCUGUGUACAAGGAGGAUCUGAAGAUGCUGCAGGGUAUUGGUUGGGUGCCAAUAGGUUCAUUAGAUGUUGAGAAGGUGAAGAAAGCUGGUGAGAUCCUGAGUGAGAGAAAGUAUCGUCAGCAACCGAGCAACUACAAGUUUAAAAUAUCCACUGAAGACAUGCCCAUAGCACUGGCUAAGGCCAAUGCUCAGGUUAUGAAUAAGAAAGCAUACAUUGAAGCUUGGGAGAACGAGAAGACAAAGAUCCAUCUCAUGCCCGAUGCUAUGGAUGUCCUUCUGGCUAAAGCAAACAAUGUUAACUACAGUGUGAAAAAGUACAAGCAGGCAUAUGAAGACUCCAAGAAGAAGGGCUAUGAUCUGCGCAAUGAUGCCAUUUCCGUCAUUGCGGCGAGAGCUUCCAGGGACAUUGCCAGUGAUUACAAGUACAAGACAGGAUACCGUAAACAGGUCGGUCACCACAUCGGUGCUCGCAGCAUCCAGGACGACCCUCUGCUCAUGCUGGCUCUGAACUCAGCCAAGAUUGCCAGCGAUGCUCUGUACAAGAAGGACUUCAACAAGUCCAAGACCAGGUUCCACCUGCCAGUGGACAUGCUCAAUCUGGAACUGGCCAAGAAAUGCCAGAUCCAAGUCAACGACUUCAACUACAGAACUCACCUGCACCAGUGGACGUGCCUGCCAGACUCCAAUGAUGUGGUCCAGGCCAGACAUGCAUAUGACCUGCAGAGUGAUGCUGUGUACAAGGAGGAUCUGAAGAUUUUGCAGGGUAUUGGUUGGGUGCCAAUAGGUUCAUUAGAUGUUGAGAAGGUGAAGAAAGCUGGUGAGAUCCUGAGUGAGAGAAAGUAUCGUCAGCACCCGAGCAAAUAUGGUUUUAAAAUAUCCACUGAAGACAUGCCCAUAGCACUGGCUAAGGCCAAUGCUCAGGUUAUGAACAAGAGAGCAUACAUUGAAGCCUGGGAGAACGUGAAGACAAAGAUCCAUGUCAUGCCCGAUGCUAUGGAUGUCCUUCUGGCUAAAGCAAACAAUGUUAACUACAGUGUGAAAAAGUACAAGCAGGCAUAUGAAGAUUCCAAGAAGAAGGGCUACGAUAUGCGAAAUGACGCCAUAUCCAUCAUUGCAGCCAGAGCUUCCAGGGACAUUGCCAGUGAUUACAAGUACAAGACAGGAUACCGUAAACAGGUCGGUCACCACAUCGGUGCUCGCAGCAUCCAGGACGACCCUCUGCUCAUGCUGGCUCUGAACUCAGCCAAGAUUGCCAGUGAUGUUCUGUACAAGAAGGACUUCAACAAGUCCAAGACCAGGUUCCACCUGCCAGUGGACAUGCUCAAUCUGGAACUGGCCAAGAAAUGCCAGAUCCAAGUCAACGACUUCAACUACAGAACUCACCUGCACCAGUGGACGUGCCUGCCAGACUCCAAUGAUGUGGUCCAGGCCAGACAUGCAUAUGACCUGCAGAGUGAUGCUGUGUACAAGGAGGAUCUGAAGAUUUUGCAGGGUAUUGGUUGGGUGCCAAUAGGUUCAUUAGAUGUUGAGAAGGUGAAGAAAGCUGGUGAGAUCCUGAAUGAGAGAAAGUAUCGUCAGCACCCGAGCAACUACAAGUUUAAAAUAUCCACUGAAGACAUGCCCAUAGCACUGGCUAAGGCCAAUGCUCAGGUUAUGAACAAGAAAGCAUACAUUGAAGCUUGGGAGAACGAGAAGACAAAGAUCCAUCUCAUGCCCGAUGCUAUGGAUGUCCUUCUGGCCAAAGCAAACAACGUUAACUACAGUGUGAAAAAGUACAAGCAGGCAUAUGAAGACUCCAAGAAGAAGGGCUAUGAUCUGCGCAAUGAUGCCAUUUCCGUCAUUGCGGCGAGAGCUUCAAGGGACAUUGCCAGUGAUUACAAGUACAAGACAGGAUACCGUAAGCAGGUCGGUCACCACAUCGGUGCUCGCAGCAUCCAGGACGACCCCCUCGUCAUGCUGGCUCUGAACUCAGCCAAGAUUGCCAGCGAUGCUCUGUACAAGAAGGACUUCAACAAGUCCAAGACCAAGUUCCACCUGCCAGUGGACAUGCUCAAUCUGGAACUGGCCAAGAAAUGCCAGAUCCAAGUCAACGACUUCAACUACAGAACUCACCUGCACCAGUGGACGUGCCUGCCAGACUCCAAUGAUGUGGUCCAGGCCAGACAUGCAUAUGACCUGCAGAGUGAUGCUGUCUACAAAGCUGACCUGAAGUGGCUCCAGGGCCUGGGUUGGGUCCCCAUUGGCUCGCUUGAUGUGGAGAAAGCUAAGAAGGCUGCAGAAGUUUUGAGUGAAAGGAAGUACCGCCAGCAUCCCAGCAAAGUUCCAUUUACCAGCCCAGUAGAUGCCAUGAAUCUUGUGCUGGCAAAGAAUAACGCCCUAACCAUGAACAAGCGCCUCUACACUGAAGCAUGGGAGAAGGACAAGACCACGCUGCACAUUAAACCUGACACUCCUGAGAUCGUCCUCUCACAACAAAAUGCAAUAACCAUGAGCAAAAAACUAUACAGACAAGGAUAUGAAGAAACUAUCAAGAAAGGCUAUUUCCUCCCUGUGGAUGCAAUCUCUGUAAAGGCUGCUAAGGCCUCCAGGGAAAUCAUCAGUGACUACAAGUACAAGACAGGAUACCGUAAGCAAGUUGGUCACCACAUCGGCGCUCGCAGCAUCCACGACGACCCCCUUGUCAUGCUGGCUCUGAACUCAGCCAAGAUUGCCAGUGAUGCUCUGUACAAGAAGGACUUCAACAAGUCCAAGACCAAGUUCAACCUGCCAGUGGACAUGCUCAAUCUGGAACUGGCCAAGAAAUGCCAGAUCCAAGUCAACGACUUCAACUACAGAACUCACCUGCACCAGUGGACGUGCCUGCCAGACUCCAAUGAUGUGGUUCAGGCCAGAAAGGCCUACGAUCUCCAGAGUGACGCUGUAUACAAAGCUGACUUGGAUGAGGUUGUUGGUGUUGGAUGGAUCCCCAUUGGAUCACUGGACGUGCUGAAGGCCAAGAACGCUGCAAAAAUCCUCAGCGACCGCCUCUAUAAGCAGAGACCUGACACACUGAAAUAUAAGACAGACAUGACCUCCAUGCCUUUAGUCUUAGCCAAAACAAAUGCUGAUAUCAUGAACAAGAGAACCUACGUUGCUGCUUGGGAUGCUGAAAAGAUUAAGGUCCAUGUGCCCCCUGACACCCCUGAGCUGUUGCUUGCCAAAGCUAAUGCUUACAACAUCAGCCAGAAAAUAUACAAGGAAGCCGUUGAGGAUAUUUUCAGAAAGGGCUAUGACCUCAAGCCCGAUGCUGUCUCUGUCGUUGCUGCCAAACAUGGAAGAGAAAUCAUCAGCGAUUAUAAGUACAAGACGGGAUACCGAAAACAGGUCGGUCACCACAUUGGGGCUCUCAGUGUCCAGGACGACCCUCUAAUCGUGUUGGCUUUGAAUUCGGGCAAGAUCGCCAGUGAUGUUUUGUACAAGAAGGACUUCAACAAGUCCAAGACCAAGUUCCACCUGCCAGUGGACAUGCUCAAUCUGGAACUGGCCAAGAAAUGCCAGAUCCAAGUCAACGACUUCAACUACAGAACUCACCUGCACAACUGGACGUGCCUGCCAGACUCCAAUGAUGUGGUUCAGGCCAGAAAGGCUUAUGACCUGCAGAGUGAUGCUGUGUAUAAGGCUGACAUGGAAUGGAUCAAGGGAAUGGGAUGGGUGCCAAUUGGUUCAAUUGAUGUGGAGAAAGCCAAGAAAGCGGCAGAGAUUCUGAGUGAGAGAAAGUAUCGUCAGCAUCCCAGCAACUUCAAGUUCACUGCUAAUACAGCUGACAUGCCAUAUGCCCUUGCUCAGGCCAAUGCCCAGGUUAUGGACAAGAAAGCCUACAUUGCUGCCUGGGAGAAUGAUAAGACCAACAUUCAUGUAAUGCCUGACACCCCAGAGAUCAUCUUGGCCCAGCAGAAUAAACUCAACACCAGUCUGAAAUUUUAUCGUGAAGGCUAUAUGGAAAUGAUCAACAAAGGCUACUACCUUCCCAAGGAUGCAAUCUCUGUUAUAUCAGCCAAGGCUUCCAGAAACAUCAUCAGUGAUUACAAAUACAAGGCUGGUUUCCGCAAGCAGUGUGGCCAUCACAUCGGUGCUCUCAGUGUGAAAGAUGAUCCACUAAUUAUGCUGGCCGCUAAUGCAGGGAAGAUUGCCAGCGACAAUGUCUAUAAGAAAGACUUUAACAAGACCAAGACCAAGUUCCACCUCCCAGUAGAUAUGCUGACAAUUGAACUGGCCAAGAAAUGCCAGAUCCAAGUCAACGACUUCAACUACAGAACUUACCUGCACCAGUGGACGUGCCUGCCAGACUCCAAUGAUGUUGUGCAGGCUAGAAAAGUCUAUGAUUUGCAGAGUGAUGCUGUGUACAAAGCUGAUCUGGAGUGGCUCAGGGGAUGCGGCUGGUCACCUCAGGACUGUAUAGAUGUCGUCAAAGUGAAGCAUGCCCAGACUGUCCUCAAUGAAAGGCUCUACCGCCAACACCCAAGUACGGUCAAGUUCACCAGUGUCGUUGACCUCCCAGCUAUUGUCUUGUCCAAGCAAAAUGCUGAAAACCUCAGUGAUAGGAAAUAUAGGGAAGUCUGGGAUAAAGACAAGCUCACCAUUCAUGUGCCACCCGACACCCCCACCUUUGAACUCGCCAAGGCCAACGCUGUUAAUAUCAGCAAUAAAUUGUACACAAAGGCAUGGGAUGACCAGAAAGCAGGAGCCUACCAUAUCAAGGAGGAUGCUAUCUCUGUGCUAAAGGCUAAAGCUUCCAGAGAUAUUAUCAGUGAUUACAAGUACAAGACGGGAUACCGAAAACAGGUCGGUCACCACAUUGGGGCUCUCAGUGUCCAGGACGACCCUCUAAUCGUGCUGGCUCUGAACUCAGGCAAGAUCGCCAGUGAUGUUCUGUACAAGAAGGACUUCAACAAGUCCAAGACCAAGUUCCACCUGCCAGUGGACAUGCUCAAUCUGGAACUGGCCAAGAAAUGCCAGAUCCAAGUCAACGACUUCAACUACAGAACUCACCUGCACCAGUGGACGUGCCUGCCAGAUUCCAAUGAUGUGGUUCAGGCCAGAAAGGCCUACGAUCUCCAGAGUGAUGCUGUUUACAAAGCUGAUAUGGAGUGGAUACGUGGAUGUGGAUGGAUGCCACAUGAGUCCGUAGAGGUGUUGAAGGUGAAGCAUGCGCAGAAGAUCCUGGCUGAUAGAGGCUAUCGGAUCAAGUUGGAUAAACAGCAAUUCAUGGUUCCAGCUGACAGAAUUGACUUAGUCCGUGCCAGGAAUGCUGCUGAAGUCCUGAAUGAGGCUAAAUAUCGUGAGGCCUGGCACCAGGACAAGACCAAGUACUCAUUGGUGGACACACCAUCUCUUGCCACAGCCAGAGAAGUGGCGAAGAAUGUUCACCCGAAACUGUACACCAAAGAAUGGGAUAAGGUCAAAGCUACAGGAUACUUCAUGCCUCCAGAUGCUGUACCAAUCAAGCAGUGCAUCCAGACAACUAAAGUGCAAAGCAAACAUAAAUACCUGGAGGGAUACCGUAAGCAGGUCGGUCACCACAUUGGUGCUCUCAGCGUCCAAGACGACCCUCUGCUCAUGCUGGCUCUGAACUCAGCCAAGAUCGCCAGCGAUGCUCUGUACAAGAAGGACUUCAACAAGUCCAAGACCAAGUUCAACCUGCCAGUGGACAUGCUGCAGUUUGAACUGGCUAAGAAAUGCCAGAUCCAAGUCAACGACGACAACUACAGAACUCGCCUGCACCAGUGGACGUGCAUGCCAGACUCCAACGAUGUUAUCCAGGCUCGCAAAGCCUAUGAUCUGCAAAGCGAUCACGUCUAUAAGUCAGAUCUGGAAUGGCUCCGAGGCUGUGGCUGGGUAGCAGCUGACUCUGUUGAACAUGUGAAGGUCAAGAAGGCCCAGGAGAUUCUCAAUGAUAGACUUUACAAGAAGACUGCCCAAGAAGGUUUUGGAAGAUUCACCCUGGUUGUGGACCGGCCAGAGAUAGUUUUGGCAAAGAUUAAUGCUGCCAACCUGAGUGAUUUGAAGUACAAAGAGACUUUCAAUGCAGAAAAGGGUCAUUAUAUUGGCUCAGAUGAUACUCCUCAACUGGCCCAUAGCAGGGAGGUGGCUAAGAUCAUCAGUGAGAAACUCUACAAAUCAAACUGGGACGAGUCGAAGGCUUCAAGCUACCAGCUGAACCAUGAAUACAUCCCACUGGUCAUCUCCAAGAAGAGCAGGGACAUUGCUAGUGAUGUCAAGUACAAGGAUACCCACGAAAAGGCCAAAGGUCACUACAUGGCUGGAACCCUGGUGGACUUCCCUGAAGUGAUGCGCUGUGGACACCAGGAAAAGAACAAGGCACUGAGGGUCUACCAGAAGGACUACAAUCAAACCAAAACCAAAAUCCACAUCCCAUCCGACAUCAUCGCUAACCAGGUAGCUAAGCGGUGCCAGGACAUGCUGAGUGAUGUUCUUUACCGCACCUACCUGCACCAGUGGACUUGCCACCCUGAACAGGAGGACGCCAUCCGUGCCCGCAAGACCAACGAAAUCCUCAGUGAUGUGUUCUAUAAGGAUGACCUGAACUGGAUGAAGGGUAUUGGUUGCUACGUUUGGGACACACCAGAGAUUCUUCGUGCCAAGAAGUCCUAUGACCUGCAAAGUGAUCUUAAAUACAGAGAGAACGCCAAGAAGGAGUUCAACAAUUACUCCAUUGUGACAGACACCCCGUCUUAUGUGACUGCUGUCCUGGGCCACACCUGGGCCAGUGAGCUCAACUACAGAGAGGCUUAUCAAAAGGAGAAGCACAUCUACACCACGGUUCUGGAUACCCACGAUUACGUCAGAUGCCAAAACUUCAAAUACAUUUUCAGCAACAAAAACUACACUUCUACCUGGGACAAAAUCAAAGCGAAGAGUUACCAGAUUCCACAUGACGCAAACGCCUUGCAGCACGCUAAACAGCAGAAGAUUAUUCUCAGCAAUGUGAAGUACAAGGAGGACUACGAGAAGUUCAAAUCUCUCUACAGCCUGCCCAAGUCACUGGAGGACGAUCCUGGAACUGCUCGUUGCGUCAAAGCUGGAAAACUCGUCCUAGAUCGUCUGUACAAGGAGAACUAUGAGAAAACCAAGGCCAAGAACCACAUCCCCCCAGACAUGUUGGAUAUCCUGUCUGCCCGUAGUACCCAGAAUGCCGUCAGCGAGAUCAACUACCGCAAGUAUCUGCACCAGUGGAUUUGCAUGCCUGACAUGCAGGUGUACGUGCAGGCACGCAAAGUCAAUGAACAGCUCAGCGACAUCUUCUACAAGGAUGAUCUGAACUGGCUCAAAGGUAUUGGUUGCUAUGCCUGGGACACGCCAGAGAUCCUCCGUGUCAAGAACGCUGAUAAUCUUCAGAGUGAGAACAAGUACAGAGCCAAAGGCAAAGAUGCUUUCAAAGAAUAUUCAGUGGUGACGGAGACUCCAGUGUACGAGACCGCCAAGCAGAACGCUCAGAACCUGAGUGACCUGCACUACCGCUAUGAUUACAACGCCAAUAUCAAGGGUACCAACACCGCUCCUGCUGUUACCAUUGAAACAGAAAGAGCCCGUCUGGCCAACUACAUCCAGAGUGAUAACUGGUACAAAGAAGCUAACAAGAGCUUCAUGCCAACCGGUUAUUCACUGCCUCAUGACACCCCCCUCAUCAAGCAGGUCAAGUUGAACACUGUUGUCUCCAGCAAUGUGAAAUACAAGGAGGCCUAUGAGAUGGUGAAGGCUAAAGGCUACACUCUUCACCCAGAGGGUGUCAACUUUGUCACUGCAAGGAAGGCUAACAAGAUCAUCAAUGAACGUCUGUAUCGUGAGACUUACCACAAGCAAAAGGACAAGAUCCACACAACCUAUGACACUCCUGAUAUUAAACAAGUCAAGAUGAACCAGGAGCACCUCAGUGACUUGUGCUACAAAGAGAAAUACUACAACAGCAGAGGCCAGCUGAUAUCGUUGCCCAUAACGCCUGAGCUCAUGCACUACCACCACGUCAAUGAGAUCACCAGCGACCUGAAAUACAAAGAGGACCUGAUGUGGCUGAGAGGCAUUGGCUGCUUCUUGUAUAACACCCCAGAGAUGGUCCGUGUCCGCGACGUCACCAAAUUCAGGGUGAGCUAUCCAGUGGAGGCUAAGAAGAACCUUGCUAAAUUCUCUGUGGUCCUGGACACGCCUGAGUAUAAGCGUGUGACUGAGCUGAAGACGCACAUGAGCAACCUGAUCUACAAAGCUCAGAGCAAGGAGGACAUGGCCAAAGUCACCACAACUGCAGACUCUGUGGACAUUCGGAGAGUCAAGUGGGCCCAGCAGCUGGUUAACCAGUACCAGUACGUAGAUCUGGCUGCCAAACAAAGAGCUCAUUUCACUCCAGAAAUCAAUACUCCAAAUAUGGGCCAUGCUAGAAAAAUGAAAGUGUUCUACAGUGAUAACAAAUACAAAGAACAGUAUGAGAAGAUGAAACACCGGUACACUGCCAUUGCUGACACACCUCUCCUGAUCCGUGCCAAGAAGUCCUACCUGCAGUCCAGUGAUCUGCGCUACAAAGAAACCUUUGAGCUUUCCAAGGGACACUACCACACAGUCAAGGAUGCUCUGGACAUCACUUACCAUCGCAGGGUCACUGAUGACAUUAGCGAGGUUAAAUACAGAGAGAAGUAUAUUAGCUCUCUGGGGACCUGGAAGUCCAUCCCCGAUCGUCCCGAACUCUUCUUCAGCAAGAUUGUCAGCGGUAACGUUAGUGACGUCAAGUAUAAGGAGGACCUGGAUUGGCUGAAGGGUAUUGGCUGCUUUGUAUGGGACACACCUGAGCUGGUGCAGGCUGAGAGGAACAAGACGCUCUACAGUGAGAGACUGUACAAAGCCUCCUUUGAGAAGAACAGAGGCAACUUCAAGUAUACCAGCGACACUCCAUUCUUCCAAGCCGCCAAGCAAGCCUCCGUUCUCAUAAACGAUAGGGCUUACAGAGCAGACUAUGAGAAGACCAAGGAUAAGUUCACCAUAACUACAGAUGAUCCUAGAUAUCAACUGGCCAGGGAGAACAGGAAGAUGAGCCAGAAAAUGUAUAAAUCCAGAGCAAAGGAUCUACUAAAGGGUGGCUGCAAUGAGCUACUCCGCCCUGACAUCCUCACAGCCCUUUACCAGACCACUAUGGGCAGUAAGUGGAAGUAUAGAGAGCAGUAUGAACGUGCCAAGGACAAGUUCACCUCUGUUCUGGAGACUCCUGAGUAUGAGGCCCACAAACGCAGCAAGAAGAUCAGUGAUAUCAUCUACAAGAUGGAGUAUAACAAGACCAAGGCAAAGGCUUACACCUUACCUUAUGACACUCCACACCAACAACACAUGAAGAAGGUCAAGGAGAUCACCAGCAAUCUGAAGUACAAAGAGGUGUAUGAAAAGAGCAAGGCCCACAUCAACAUUGACCCCGAAGCUCACGAGAUCCGUGCCGCUAAGGAGGCCUACAAGAACAUCACCAAUCUUGACUACAAGAAGAAGUAUGAAGCAACCAAGAACCAGUGGAUCUGGACAGCGGACAGGCCCGACUUUGUCAAUGCUGCCAAGAACUCCUUGCAGCAGAGCGAUGUUGAGUACAAGUACGACAAAGAGAUCAUGAAGGGCUGCGUGAUACCUGUGGUCGAUGACAAGUUAACCUUACUGUGCAUGAAGAAUGCUGAAAUGGCCAGUGAGGUGAAAUAUAAACAGAAGUAUGAGAAGGAAAAGGGACACUACAUGCCUGUCCUGGACACUCCUCAAAUUCUCCAUGCCAAGGCUGUGCGUGUUCUGGCCUCAGAGAGCAAAUACAAGGAGGCCAGUAAGAAGGAAAUGCAGUCCGGCUCAUUCACCACCCUGUCCGACACUCGUGAUACUGCCCACAGCAGGACAGUCAACAAACUUGUCAGCGGGAAAGUGUACAAAGAAAAGUUUGAGAAGGAAAAGGGCAAGUCCAUAUAUAACCACAUGAUUGUGCCGCCUGAUGUUCAGCAUGCCAUGGACGUGGCCAAAAAUCAGAGCAAUGUGGCCUACAAGAAAGAUGCCAAAGCCAGCCUGCACUACACUACUGUAGUUGACCGUCCUGACAUAAAGAAGGCUACCCAGGCUGCUAAACUCAUCAGUCAGAUUGGCUACCGUGAGAAAGCACGUGAAGAGGCCAGCCGUGGAGGCUCUCUAGCCCACCGCCCAGAUAUCGCUUUGGCAACUGAGGUGUCCAAGCUGACAAGCCAGGUGAAGUACAAGGAGAAGUUUGAUAAGGAGAUGAAAGGAAAGAAACCUCAAUAUGACCUGAAGGAAAGUAAGAUUUACAAGACUCUCAAGGAAGCCAGUGUGCUGGCCAGUGAGGUGAAGUACAAGGGUGACCUGAAGAAGAUCCACAAACCUGUGACCGACAUGGCCGAGUCCCUGUCCAUGAAGCACAUCACGAGCACCAGCAAGCUGUCCAGCGACUACUGCUACAAGAAGAAAUUUGAGGAGAGUAAGGGUCACUACCACAUGAUUCCCGACACACCCGAACAGCUCCAUCACAAGGAGGCUUCUGAACUUCAAAGUAACGUGAAAUACAAGGAGAAGUAUGAGAAGGAGAAGGGCAAACCUAUGCUGGACUUUGAGACACCCACAUAUGUGACUGCUAAGGAGGCUCAGCACAUGCAGAGUCAGAAAGACUAUAGGAAGGACUUUGAGGAGUACAUGAGGGGAAAGAACCUCUCAGGCUUGGAGGUCACCCCUGCCAUGAUUCAUGUCAGACACGCCACCAAAAUAGCCAGUGAGAAAGAGUACAGGAAGGAUCUAGAGGAGGGGGUGAAGGGUAAAGGUCUAACUGUACUGGAGGAAACUCCGGAGCUUUUGAGAGCAAGAAAUGCCACUCAAAUCCUGUGUGAGAGAGAGUACAAAAAGUCUCUGGAGCAGGAGAUCAAGGGCAAGGGAAUGCUGGCUUUGGCUACAGACACCCCAGACUUUAUGAGAGCCAGGAAUGCCACGGAGAUCCUCAGUCAGUCUAAGUACAAGCAGACCGCUGAGAUGGACAGAGCCAGCUACACAACUGUCAUCGAUACCCCUGACAUCAUCCAUGCUCAGCAGAUGAAGAACAUCGUCAGCCAGAAAAAAUACAAAGAGGAGGCUGAGAAGACCAUGUCUCACUAUGUACCAGUCCUGGAUACUCCAGAGAUGCAGCGAGUCCGCGAGAACCAAAAGAACUUCAGCACUCUUCAAUACCAGGCUGACCUUAAAAACAUAAAGGGCAAAGUGUCUACUGUAAAGGACACUCCUGAAAUGCUGCGUGUUAAAGAGAAUACAAAGAAUUUCAGCUUGAUUAAGUACAAAGAGGAUUUGGGAGGAGGAACAGCUUUGCCCGAGACCCCUGAGAUGGAGAGGGUUAAACGCAACCAGCGCAACGUCAGCACGAUUAAGUACAAAGAGGAUUUGGGAGGAGGAACAGCUUUGCCCGAGACCCCUGAGAUGGAGAGGGUUAAACGCAACCAGCGCAACGUCAGCACGAUUAAGUACAAAGAGGAUUUGGGAGGAGGAACAGCUUUGCCCGAGACCCCUGAGAUGGAGAGGGUUAAACGCAACCAGCGCAACGUCAGCACGAUACAGUACAAGGACUCUGUGGGUCAAGGCACAGCCAUACCAGAUCUGCCUGAGGUGAAGCGGGUCCGAGAAACCCAGAAGAAUAUCAGCCUGCAUCAAUACAAAGAAGGCGUGGGAGGAGGCACAUCAAUAUCAGAGACGCCAGAAAUGGAGAGAGUUAAACGCAAUCAGCAAAAUAUUAGCACGAUAAAAUACAAGGACUCUCUGGGUCGAGGAACAGCUAUACCGGAUCUCCCUGAAGUGAAGCGAGUCAAAGAAACCCAGAAGCACAUCAGCUCGGUGUUGUAUAAAGACAGUUCAGCCAAGGGAACGCCUGUGGUGUUUACUCCAGAGAUGGAGCGGGUGAAAAGGAACCAAGAAAACAUUAGCUCGGUUCUGUACUCUGACAGCUUCCGCAAGCAGGUCCAGGGCAAAGCCGCCUUUGUUCUGGACACACCUGAGAUGAGGCGCGUCAGGGAGACUCAGCGUAUCAUUUCUGGGGUGAGAUACCACGAGGACUUUGAGAAGAGCAAGGGCAGCUUCACUCCCACCACCACUGAUAUUGUGACAGAGCGUGUGAAGAAGAACACGCAGGACUUCAGCGACAUCAGCUACCGUGGCAUCCAGAGGCGCGUGGUGGAGAUGGAGAGGAGACGUGCCAUAGAGCACGACCAGGAGACCAUCACUGAUCUGCGUGUGUGGCGCACAAACCCCGGCUCUGUGUUUGACUACGACCCCGCUGAGGACAACAUCCAGUCCAGGAGUCUGCACAUGAUGUCAGUACAAGCUCAGCGUCGCAGCAAGGAGCACUCCCGCUCCACCAGCGCUUUGAGCGGCGUGGCUGAUGAGAAGUCUGAGGUGUCCCAGGAUGCUGACCACCACAUGUCCCUCUACAGCAAUGGCUUCAUGACCUCCUCUAUUGGCUACCAGCAUGCUACUGUGAAGACCGUGGAGCUGCAGCAGAGGUCAUCUUCAGUGGCCACCCAGCAGACCACAGUCUCUUCCAUUCCCUCACACCCCUCUACUACCGGGAAAACCGUGCGUGCCAUGUAUGACUACACCGCAGCCGACAGUGACGAGGUGUCCUUCAAGGACGGCGACGUCAUCGUCAACGUGCAGUCCAUCGACGAAGGCUGGAUGUACGGUACUGUUCAGCGUACCGGCAAGACCGGCAUGCUGCCAGCCAACUACGUUGAAGCAAUCUAAAGACAGAGCCCGCCCACGGUCCCUCCGUAGUGGGCGCGAUGCAUCCACAGGGCAAACUCAUCGGUCUUCCUGUGAUCACAGCUGUGGCUUAGUGCAAUGUGUAGCUUGUAGUGUCUGUACUUGUAUUUUACUUGUAUUGUGAUUCUCGUGGAGUCUGUCAUCAUUAAUAUGCUGCUGCCCCCGCUCCCUGUGGAUGUGAUAUUAGCUUCAUGCCAUGACCCAUAUAAAUAGAUCUGAUUAUACAUAAUGUGCCUACUACGAAUGACAACGUGUUAGAUUGUUUUAACUAUUCUGUUCCUGUCCUGGAAAAGCGAGGCUAACACACAAACUGGCCCUUUGAUUUUGUACAUUUCAAACAUUUCAUUUACGUUAUUUAUCAUUUUUUUGUCCAACGUAUUUUCUCUGAAACACAACGGGCUCGAAAAGUUUCAUGUAACCCUUUUAACGGAGAGUCCAUGUAGAGAAAAUAUGAACGUUAGAAAGGAGUAAGUCACCAUCUACCUCCUCCAUGAUGAAAUCAUGAGAAGCUCUCUGCGCCAAGCCUCAGUUUUCCCUCCUUUAUAACGAAGGCUGGCCACUAGUAAAAUGUGUGUUUUGUUUCUCCCGAUUAUUUAGGUCCUGGCUAAAGCACGUCCUCUACCUUCAAUCAGUAGCUAAUAAAGCACACCAAGUUCCUGCA